AUGCUUACACCAACUACUAUAAUAGCUUAUUACUACAUACAGCUCAAAUUUAUCACUACAAUAAAAGAAAUUAUAAGUUUCUUGAGCUUUUUUGCCGAGCAUAUUCGCAAAUAUAAAAUAUAGAGGUUUCCUCUAUAUAGCGCUGAAAGCGCAGACAUUUUCCCAGGAGCUUUCCAAGUUCGUCGGACCAAAUCGCUUUUUGGUCCGACCAAGGCAUUGAUUUGGUGCAACCAACCGAUAAAUUCCGAUCAGAAUUUAUCGGCCUUACAGCGCCAAACAUAGGAAACUUCUAUACAAAAAUGUUUGAUAUAUUUAUCCCAAAAGUUUCACAAUGCAACAAAAUUCCCCCUUUAUACUCUUUUUCUUCUUCAUGGCUUUUAA